GAUCCAGGUGAGCUGCAGUAUGCCAUGACAAUGAUGUUUGCUAUUGAGGAGAUUAACAAUAGCACAGACCUAAUACCUGGCUUUACUCUGGGCUAUAGGAUAUAUGGUUCAUGCCCUAGCAUUCCUCUCUCGGUUAUGGCAUCACUAGUUCUCAUGAACGGGCCAGGAGAGGGUAGAGAAAGCUGCACCAAACCUUCCACCAUGCACGCUGUUAUUGGAGAGACCACUUCCACAGCCACCAUAGGAAUUGCAAGGACCAUGGGCCCAUUUCACAUACCAGUGCUCAGCCACUCAGCUACCUGUGCAUGUCUCAGCAAUAGAAAGGAGUAUCCUUCCUUUUUCAGAACAAUUCCUAGUGAUUACUACCAGAGUAAAGCACUGGCUAAACUGGUCAAACACUUUGGCUGGACCUGGGUGGGAGCUAUCAGAAGCAGGAGUGAUUAUGGAAAUGAUGGAAUGGCCAGUUUUCUAGAGGCUUCUGAGAAAGAAGGAGUAUGCAUCGAGUACUCAGUUGCUAUUUACAGGACUGACUCAAGAAAGCGGUUUCUAGAUGUGGUGGACAUUAUAAAGACAUCUACCUCCAGGGUCAUUGUGGCUUUUGCAGAUGGAAAUGACCUGGACAUCCUCAUUAAAGAGCUUUACUACAAGAAUGUGACUGGAUUUCAGUGGGUUGGGAGUGAGGGCUGGAUCACCUACCGGUACCUCGCCAAUGCUAGGAACUACGCAGUGGUUGGUGGUGCAGUGGGCUUUGCUGUACCCAAUGCGUACAUUCCCGGUUUGAAAGAGUUUAUCACAAGUAGUCGACCCUCUGUGAGGCCAGGUAAUACAGGACUAGUUGAAAUGUGGGAGAGCAUGUUUGAUUGCACUCUAGGCCUUGAGUCUCACAAUGCUGCAAAACCCUGCACUGGAGAGGAGUCUCUGGAGAACACGCACACAAGCUUCACAGACGUGUCAGAUGCUAGCCUCCUGAACAAUGUCUAUAAGGCUGUCUAUGCUGUGGCACAUGCUGUGGAUGGACUAGUGGCCUGUGAGGAAGGAAAGGGACCAUUCCCCAAUGGCACAUGUGCAGACAGGAAAAGAAUAGAGGCAUGGCAGGUGGUGCUGCACUACCUGACACACGUGAACUUUACUAUUAAAACUGGAGAAAAAGUAUUGUUUGACAAACUUGGUGAUCCAGUUGCACAAUAUGCUCUGGUCAACUGGCAGAUUCAUAGUAAAGGAAUAAUAACAUUUGAGACCAUUGGCAUGUAUGACACAUCUCGGCAAGAUGGCCAGGAGUUUGUAAUGAAUGAUGACGUUAAUGCUGUCUGGGCAGGGGACCAAAAAAUGGUUCCUCGGUCAGUGUGCAGUGAAAGCUGUCUCCCAGGCACUAUCAGGGCCUUCAGGAAGGGGAAGCCUGUCUGCUGCUUUGACUGUAUCCCCUGUGCAGAUGGAGAGUUCAGCAACUCCACAAAUGCAGUGGCAUGUUUUCUAUGCCCUCUUGAGUACAAAUCAAAUGGGAACAAGACUCGAUGUGAUCUGAAAAACACUGAAUUCUUGAACUUUAAUGAACUCAUGGGUAUUCUGCUUAUGGCAUUUUCUUUAUGUGGUGGAUGUCUUACAAUCACAAUAGGGUUAAUUUUCUUUUACUAUAGAAAUACUCCCAUAGUUAGAGCCAACAACUCAGAGCUGAGCUUCCUGCUUCUCUUCUCUCUGACUCUGUGUUUUCUCUGUUCACUUACCUUCAUUGGUCGGCCCUCUGAGUGGUCCUGUAUGCUGCGUCACACAGCGUUUGGGAUCACCUUCGUCCUCUGCAUCUCCUGUGUUCUGGGGAAAACAAUAGUGGUGUUAAUGGCCUUCAGGGCUACACUUCCAGGCAGUAAUGUUAUGAAAUGGUUUGGGCCUCCACAGCAAAGACUCAGUGUUCUUGCUUUCACUCUCAUACAGGUCCUUAUUUGUGCACUUUGGUUAACAAUUUCCCCUCCCUUUCCAUACAAAAAUACAAACCACUACAAUGACAGAAUUAUUCUAGAAUGUCAUGUGGGAUCCGUUGUAGCUUUCUGGGCUGUACUGGGUUAUAUUGGGCUCUUGGCUCUUUUAUGUUUUGUUUUGGCUUUUCUAGCACGGAAGCUGCCUGAUAACUUUAAUGAAGCCAAAUUUAUCACAUUCAGCAUGCUCAUAUUCUGUGCAGUUUGGAUCACCUUUAUUCCAGCGUAUGUCAGCUCUCCUGGAAAAUUUCUUGUAGCAGUAGAGAUAUUUGCCAUUUUGGCUUCAAGUUCUGGAUUGCUUUUUUGUAUAUUUAUUCCCAAGUGCUACAUUAUUUUACUGAGACCAGACAAGAACACAAAAAAACAUAUGAUGGGCAAAAAUUCCUUCAAACACCUUUGA